AUGUCAUUGGAUAUAGUUGCUGCUAAAAAUCAACUUAGGUCAAUGUGGCAGUUGCCCUACACCUAUAGAUUCAUAUCACACUUUAAGGAUGCAUUACAUGUUAAUGCCUUCCACAUUGACGAUCUAGAGAAUGCACUUGUUACACCAGAGGCAAACCACUCCUUUCUUUCAGAACUCUUUAUACCAAUGAUGAAACCAAUUGUCAAACCAAAACAAGGUGCUAUUACUAAUUUAAAUUGGGAAGAUUAUAUUAAAAUAGAGAUUGAAAAGAAGAUAAAUCCAAACCCAUUCUUUGCACAGUAUGCAGAGACGAAUCCAUUUAUCGAUGAACACUUUUCACAUUUGGAACUAAAAGAUCGUCUAUUGAUACUAAAGUGUAUAUGUGAUUGGAAUCUUGCUAAAAACAAAUUGAUUCAAGAACUAGUUAGUAGUCCUGAACAAGAUCCAGAUGAAUUGAGACUGUCACCAGUUGGACAAGAUAAAGAUAGAUGUACAUAUUGGUUCUUUGGAGACGACCAAAGACUGUGGAAAGAGACGCCACCACCAGCUCUACCUCUCAGUCAACGUGGUAGAAAAUCAAUCCAAAACCAACAACUCGGCGCAAAGCCGUGUCAAUGGGAAUUGCAGUGUGCAUCAAAAGAGAGUUGGGAAAAGUUUGUUGAUGAUAUGACCGAGAGCGAGAUACAGUGCGAGAAGCAGUUGGCCGAGAACAUUGGCGAGUUUUUGGACGGUGUGUUGACAAAGAUCAACAACCGUAUGCGGUCACAACGAAGAGCACAGGUUCCUCCACCCCGACCAAUCCGAUCGCUGCGUCUGCUAGAGCAGAAUCUUAAAAAAUUGGAGCAAGAAAAAUUAGAAGAGGAACGCAGAAAACUAGAGGGUGACUCGAGCGAUGAAGAGGAAGAAGACGAUGAGGAAGAGUUGACUGGAUACGGACUGAGACGAAGAACCGUGGCAGCUAGACAGGCAGCCAAUGCCAAACCCACACCCAUCACCCAUACUUCUAGUGGUCGACGAAUCGUCAACUCUAGAUCAAAUGAUGCCUAUGCUGGUGUACAAUCAUUAACAUCAAAAUAUAAACAACAAGAUGAAGAAAUGGUUGAUUAUGAAAAUGAUAAUGAAAAUCAAAAUCAAAAUAAUAAUAAUAAUAGUAAUGGUAAAUCUCAUAGAGAUCAUUUUAGUGAUGAUGAAGAUGAUCAACAAUAUAAAGAUGGAGAGGAAGAAGAAGAAGAAGAGGAGAAUGGUAGUCCCAAGAAACAACAAAAAACAAAUGGUCAUACAGACAAUGUAGAUAAUAAUAAUAAUAACGAACAACCACCAAAACCAACAACACCAUUAAAAUUCAAAGUAGUAUUUAAAACUCCAUUAAAACCAAAUAGUCAAGAUAAUAAUAAUAAUAAUAACAAUAACAACAUUGACAACAGUUCUAAUACUAAUUCAUAUGAAAAUGGUAAUAAUAAUUUAGAAAGUAGUUUUAUUGAGGUAGGAAAUAAUACACCAUUACCAAAACAAAAUGAAAAUCAGAUCAACAACAACAACAAUAAGGAUGAUGUAUUGGAUACAAGUAUGGUAGAUAUUUUAAAUACACCUGAUAAACCAAUUCCAAUUCCAAUGUCAACCGCUUCAACUUCAACCUUGACAUCAAUUUCAAAUUCCAUCAACAAUCAACAACAACAAGCCAAGCAAUUAACAACAAUGGUUUCAACUAGUAAUACCUAUAAUAAUAAUUGUCUAACAGAGUUGAAUGUUGAAAACUUACCAACUAGCGGCCAACAAUAA